AUGCGCCUCCUCGAAUCAUCCCUCCGCAUCAUCACAUCACCCCUCACCCGGUUCCCCGCCACCGCCGCCGGUCCUCAGCUCGUCCCUCACCCACCAGCUAUAAGAACAGUCCUCAAAUCCGCCCCAGCCAUCCCGUUCCUAAGCUCCUUCUUCAGUUCGAGUGCGAAAUCUGAUAAACAACGCGGAAUGGCCCCGCCCCCGGAUAACAGGAGUGAAGAUGAGUGGCGCGCUGUGUUGAGUCCUGGCAUGUUAACUCUCACGACAGGGCUGUUGGUCGCUCAAGUCCCGAAAUCCAAUGCUAACGAUGAUGUAGAACAAUUCCGCAUUCUCCGCCAAAAAGGAACCGAGCGGCCCGGUACAGGCGAAUACGACUCCCAUUACCCCUCCGAAGGCGUAUACGCCUGCGCUGGCUGCAGCGCACCCUUAUACAAGGCGACUCACAAGUUCAAAUCGGGCUGCGGAUGGCCGGCGUACUUUGAUUCCAUCCCCGGGGCGGUCGCGCGACAUGUGGAUAGCUCGUUUGGCAUGGAAAGGACGGAGAUUACCUGUACGAACUGCGGGGGGCACUUGGGGCAUGUCUUCAAGGGAGAGGGGUAUCCGACUCCGACGGACGAGCGGCAUUGUGUGAAUAGUAUCAGUUUGAAGUUUACGGAGGGAGAUGGAGAGAGCACGAAGGCCAAGGCUUGA